AUCCUGCUGCAGUCUACAGCCCAGAUAAAACAACAUGUCUGACACCGAAAGAAAGAGCGUUAGCAUUCGAUUCGAUAACAUCGAGGCAUACCAGGAACAUGAUGCCACUGUUAAUGCCAUAAUGACCAAGGAUGCUUCAAACGGGGAAGAAUUUAUCAUGCAGCCAAGCUAUCCCCCAAUCUACUGCCCCCCACCGAUGUCAUCGGAUGCUAUUGAAAAGCUGCAAGCUUUGGAGGGGGUUCAGGUUAUCGUACACGACAACUAAGACGAACUUGCCAUGUUUGAAUGAUGGUGGUUCCCCAGAAUGUAUUAGAUAGACUCAUGUGACCAUCCUUUAGAUAACUGAAAUCAGAGUAUUAUUUUAUGCAGG